GGAGAAACAGAGACAGAGGACCUUCCAUUUUGACGUGUGCUGACUUCUUGAACUGUCGGUUGCGAAUGAUUUGAAGGUCCCGUUUGCCCAUCUAUUUAUAUACAAGGCAGGUAAAACAAUCCAAACCUGUUCAUUUUGAGGAAAUCAACAAUCCAAAAAGCCGGAACAUGAGAUGCGCAAUCCAUCAACCCGUAACAGUCGUUAAAUCAGUUUGACAGUUUUUCUAGUUUCCCGCACACAUUUAACAAUUUCAAUUUCCUUUGAGAAACUCAAAAGCGGGGAUUUGGCCAAAAUAUUACCGAACCAGGGCGGAACCGCAACAGAAGAACCAGCAACAGUAGCAGCUCCAUCGCAUGAACCUAUCACGCGCCCCUCGUCUACUUCUAAGCCCAAAAUGCCAAACACGAAUGGCACACGCUCCCUGACAGGGGCAAAAUCGAGGGGAGAGGGUGCAAAAGUUUUGCCUAAAUCACUUAACAGAAAACAAGUGUUGGCAUGUGCCCUCCAUCCCGCCGGACUUCCUGCCCCUUUCGGAGCGGUCGCUCGGAGUCGGCCUCUUCCCCUCUACCGAGCAGAAAUAUCGCAAAAGUUGCAAUGGAAACUUUGGGCAUACCCAUUAGAGAACCGGAAAAACAGGAUCAGCUGGUAUGGAACAAAUUCCAGCUUCUGUAAAGGCAAACUACUGUUUAAGUGAUUCGAAAGGUAUUAAAACGUUAAUACAGUACAUUAAAAAUUACCUUCAGACCAAGCAAGCCAUGUGUCACCUUUUAAAUUUUCUUCUCACAAUACUUCAAAUCAAAAUCGAGUUCGUUUAAUACACAAGUAUCACAUUUGCAGCGUAUCUAAAUAAAAACUCAUAAAAUUGAUAUCCAAAUUUCGGUAUACGAUUGAGUUGAACUAAAUUUAAAAUACAGCAUGGCGGAUCCAGAUAUAAAUGAAGAUACUGUGGUACCACCAAUAGGAGGAAAUAGUUUUGACAUGUACAACGAACGGUUGGAUUGCGAGAAUUUGGAUCAGAUGACUGAUACUUGGACCGAUCACCACAGACCUUCAUUCGUUACCGCACUAAUGCGUUUUUUUGGCAACGUAUUUGUUGAUAUGUUUAAUGCCAUUUUCAGCUAAAAAGAAAUCCAGUAAGCUCUUUUCAAGCAUGCAAAUAAAAUCGUUUAGUAUGUCAA